AGGCUUGUCUUUGUCACAGAAGCCACAGGCAACAGUGGCAAGGCCCAGAAGCCUUUGCGUUGGGGGUAGCAGGCACAGAGCAAAGCUGUCAAGGCAGAAGCAUGGCUGCGGCCCCCAUCUCCGAGGGGCCGGACAAGGAUGUCCAGAGAAGCCACAGGCAACAGUGGCAAGGCCCAGAAGCCUUUGCGUUGGGGGUAGCAGGCACAGAGCAAAGCUGUCAAGGCAGAAGCAUGGCUGCGGCCCCCACCUCCGAUGGGCCGGACAAGGAUGUCCAGAGGAACUCCGGGCACCUGCCACGCUUCUCUCCUCGGCAGACAGGGCUACUCCCUCACCGCUAUGUGAUGCCCUGGAAGUAUGACAUGGUACACCGCCAUGUGGUACUGAAGCAGGCAGAGCUGGCUGGGAUCUAUGCUGGUCCCCUAGAAGACCCUCUGUUUUGGGGGCAGAGUGAAAGACUCUGCCAUGGGGAAGAUCGAAAAACUUUGUUGCAGAAAAUUCCAGAGGACAUGGAAAUCAAAGACAUUUCUGUAAAGUCUCCUCUCUCCAAAUACCAAAGUACCAUGGUUUCUUAUGGAUACAGGAGGAAAUUGAUCUGACCUGAAGGAAAACACAAUGAAAAACGCAUUUCCCUUA